CAUUCAGUUGCUGGCGGCGACUCGCGACGAACGGUUGGAUUUCUCUCUCAGCGGAGACACGUCUUUUGUGCCACACGGCGGGUGAAAUCUUCUGAACCACAGCUCAAAACCGACAAGUGUGGCGUCCGGGCGUCCGAGUGCAUGCCAAAAAGAAAUAUAUACGAGCUCGGCUCCAAUUGUGCGAUUGUAGAAAUUCGUGAGCCAAACAAAUGAAUCGUCAAUAAAUGAGGCCAAUCACCGAAAGAGAGAUGCGAAUUAUCGCAUAAAAUAUUGUCUAAAAAUACACAGAUAUAGUGGUGUAAACCGUAAGAAAGAAAGAAAAAGUGGCAGAAGCACAACAAAUAUUAAAGAAAAAAAAAGAAAAAAAAGAAAAGAAAGAAAGAAAACGAAACGCCAAAGAACAAAGGCGGGUUCAGUGCGGUUCGUUGUGGGUCAAGAACGAAAGUUCGACUCGGAAAUUGUGAAUUUUUGUGUUAAGUUUUUUUGGUUUUUGGUCCAACAGGUCAAGCAGCCCGUGGAUAACGGAGGUAUCUUGAGAGUGAGAUCUGAAGCUCUGAGGAGUCUGGGAGCCGGAGCAUUAUGACACAGCAGCGAUGGCCGAUUCCCAGGGGAAACUGCUGGCUCAUUGCUCUCCUCUUGGCUUUCGAAUUGGUGGCAGAUGUUGGAGCUAUGCCCUUCCUGUUCACCUGGCGCAGACCGGAAAUCAACUGGACGCAGCCGGAAACGGAGAGCUGGGUUAUUGAGGCCCAGCCCAGGAGCAUUGAGCCCCACCUGGAGCCUGUCCUGCAUCCCAAUCGCACCCAUCGGGCCAUAGGCUCCGACGCCUCGGACGCCGAGUUCCUGCAGCGGCUUGCCAAUCUCCGCCAGAACCACUCCGCCACCGGACGGAUGCUGUGGUACGAUGUGGCCGGCGGGGACGGUCUGGUGUACCCGCCCCUGGUGGACAAGGCCCUGAAGCUGCUCAACCUCAAGCAGGUGGCCUUCGAGAUAGAGAACAGUGUGAUGUCAAAGGUCACGUGCACGGCCUGCCGCGCCGGUGCCGGGAUGCUUCAGCAGCAGAUCAAGGUGGGUAAGACGGACGGGGAGCUGAUCCGCAUGAUCACCGACUACUGCACCAACCUCAACAUCCAAAGCGCCAGGGUCUGCCAGGGAGUGGCCCAGCUCUUUGGCAGCGAACUUAUCUACGUCCUGAAGAGGGUCAACCUCAGUCCCGACGAGCUCUGCAGUUUCGUCAUUGGAGACGGAUGUGCGGAUGUCUACAAUCCGUACCACGAGUGGGAGGUGGUCUUCCCGCCAGUGCCCAAGCCGCCGCGUCUCGCUGACCUGCCCAUUCCUGUGGACGGAGCCCCCUUCUUCAAGGUCCUGCACAUCUCGGACACCCACUACGACCCCCACUACGCGGAGGGUUCCAAUGCCGAGUGCAAUGAGCCGCUCUGCUGCCGCCUGAGUAGCGGACGCCCAGCCACGCCCAAUGCUGCCGCCGGGAAAUGGGGCGACUACCGGAAGUGCGACACGCCCAAGCGGACGGUGGAUCACAUGCUCUCGCACAUUGCCGAGACGCACAAGGACAUCGACUACAUCCUGUGGACGGGCGACCUGCCGCCGCACGACGUCUGGAACCAGACCAAGGAGGAGAACCUGGCCAUCAUCAAGGAGACAGUGAAGCAGAUGGCCGAGAAGUUCCCCGGAGUGCCCAUCUUCCCGGCUCUGGGCAACCACGAAAGCGCUCCAGUGAACAGCUUUCCGCCUCCAUACGUCAACCAGGUGGACAUCUCCAUCAGCUGGCUGUACGACGAACUUGAUGCCCAAUGGCGGCGGUGGCUGCCACAGAGUGUGACACCCACGGUGCGUCGUGGCGCCUUCUAUUCGGUGCUGGUGCGUCCUGGCUUCCGCAUCAUCUCCAUGAACAUGAACUACUGCAACAACAAGAACUGGUGGCUGCUCCUCAAUUCCACGGAUCCGGCAACUGAACUGCAAUGGUUCAUUUAUGAGCUGCAAAGUGCCGAGUUCUCCAACGAGAAGGUUCAUGUCAUAGGUCACAUUCCACCAGGACACUCUGACUGUCUAAAAGUUUGGUCCCGGAACUUCUACAAGAUCAUAGCUCGUUAUGAGAGUACAGUGACGGCUCAGUUCUACGGACACACCCACUACGAUGAGUUUGAGAUGUUCUACGAUCCACAUGAUCUGAAUCAUCCCAAUAGUAUAGCCUACAUAGGACCCUCUGUAUCACCUUACUAUGACCUCAAUCCCGGCUAUCGGAUCUACUAUGUGGAUGGGGAUCAUGACUCCACCACUCGGCUGGUCAUUGACCACGAGUCCUGGAUAAUGAAUCUCAAGGAGGCCAACCUGUAUGGCUACCCCAUCUGGUACAAACUGUACACCGCCAGAGCGGCCUACAACAUGAAGGCCCUGCGUCCCAGUGAUUGGAACAAUUUACUCAGCGAGCUCACCAACAAUCAAGAGCUAUUCGAGCUCUACUACAAAUAUUACUGGAAGAACUCCCCGGCUAGACCCACCUGUGAUGCCGAGUGCAAGAAGCGUUUGAUUUGCGAUUGCAGAAGUGGACGCUCCCACGAUCGGAAGCACUUCUGCGCAGAGGUAGAGUCCAAAAUAGACGAGGAGUCCUCCAAGUCCUGGAAGUCGUGGUUCUAUCGAGGAUUGACCAACUCCUAUAGCCUGCUGUCCUCGAUCACCUACCUGCCCAAAUACCUGCUGGGAUAUCGCUGAUCGCCGCCAUCAAGUCACUGCAAUACCGAUGCGAGACGAGAAACGCCUACCCCAUAAGGUUACUAUGUGAUAAUUAGUACUUAAAUGCAAGUUCACGUAAAUUGUCUAAGUUCACGUUAAUGCAAUGACGUCACAAUGACCCACUGCCCCCAUCCUCCCAGUGACCUUGUCGAGAAACCGAGUCAGUGAAGAAUAGUCAUUUAAUUGUAAUUGCCUUCAGUCGUUGUUGUUUUUGCCGAUGCUGUUGCAUGUUGGGGGCGUGACAGGAACGCCCAGCUACGUAAUCGAAGUUGUUGAUCAAACUAUUUUAUAGACUCUUAAUUUUAAUGACCAUUUAGUUUAAAACACGAAAUAAAGUGCAAUAAUUUAAGUGAUA